GGACAACGUAGUAUUCAUCAACGAUCUGCGUUCAACCCACCAACCCAUCCACCGCCAAAAUACGCUCAUCGAUGACGUCGACAUCCCACUCACCCCCCUCUUAUUAUAUAUAAGUUAUGUCCUGGCUAUCGCGUCCCUCCAUCGUUCCCCCAUCAUGGACACCGCCCAAAAAGUUUAUAACACCCUCGCAGGAAACCCUGGUUUUCAGCAAGACGACACCCCAGACCUUCGGGGAAGAACUGUGCUUGUAACAGGCUCCACCAGUGGCAUUGGCUUUGAGGUUGCUCGUGCAUUUGCUCUCUCUCGGGCUCGCGUCCUGCUUUUAUCCCGUAAAGCAGAACAUGGCGACGAGGCCAUUGCAGAAAUUAAAAAAUCGGUCUCUGACGCAGCCGAUGUCCAUUUUAUCGAAUGUGACCUAGGCAAUCUUGCCAAUGUGAAGCAGGUCGGGGACGGAAUCGCAGAAAGAGAACAACGCUUAGACAUUAUAAUCGCCGAUGCAGGUGUAGGCGUUAACAAGUAUGAUGUCUCCUCUGACGGUAUUGACCGUCACUUUGCCGUCAAUCAUCUCGGCCACUUCCUCCUCAUCAAUCGCCUCCUUCCGCUUGUCCGCAAGACUUCUACACUUCCAUCCACUCCACCCCCACGCAUUGUUUCCCUGUCCUCAGAACUUCACCGUCAGGCACCUUCAUCCAUCAAAUUCGCUUCGUCAAAGGAAGUCACAGAAGAUACCGGCUUGUCCGCCCUUUCACUUUAUUCGCGGUCCAAACUCGCUAUUAUACUUUUUACAAAGUACACUCUUGUCGAGCGUGCAAUCCGCCCGUCGGGCGACCGCAUAUAUGCACUUGCUACCCAUCCAGGCGCAGUGCAUACUCCACAACAAGAUCAAUUCAAGGAGGCGUAUGGGAAAGUCUUCGGAACGCUCGCAAAAGCAGUGACAGUGCCGUUCAUGCGCAGCCCCGAACAAGGUAGUUUGAGCACGCUUUGGGCUGCUACGAGCGAGGACAUCGAGAAAAAUAACUUGCAGGGAUGUUACUUCACAGACCCUGGUCAACUCGGAAAGGAGACAGCUCAAGCCAGCGAUGAGCAGUUGGGCCAAAACUUGCACAACCUCAGUGAAGAAUUGAUUAAAGAUAGGAUCGGGAAGGAUAGUUUGUUGCCGUGGAACUAGAGGUUUGUGUUCAGUCGCAGUUUGAGUCAUGAAUAAAUAGGUGUAGCAUCGUGAGUAACGUAUUGCUGCUGUAUCGUUUGUAUUUUGCAUGUACACUCUCAUUUCCAUCAUAAUGCUCUGUUAUGACAC